AGAGAUGAUGUGCCACAGCCAGCACCUGUUGGUGAAAUGGACGUUAAUACCGCUCUUCAAGAAGUUUUGAAGACUGCUCUCGUUCACGACGGCCUUGCUCGCGGUUUGCAUGAAGCUGCUAAAGCCUUGGAUAGGUAAAUAAGAUCACUUAUUUUAUCUUGAACGUGCUUUAAGUUUAACAUAUCCUUCUCAGGCAGGUGGAGAAAAUAUCGGAUUUGUUUCCUUUAUCGCGGUUGAAGUUUGUCUCUGGUGAAUUUCUCACGGAUUUUAAAAAUCACGAAAUAGCCCUUUCCUGUACAGUUAUUGUUACAGAAUUGACAGGUUAAGGCCACUGGUCUAUAUUGAAUCAGCUUUCAUCAAAGUGCUAGGCUUCUUUGUUUUAUACCGUUGAUGCUUUCGUUGCUUGUACAGUGGAACCGGCCUGUUAAUAUGGUUACCAAUGGGUCAAAAUAAUUUGGCCCUUUUGCUGGGGCAGAGUAAAAUUUCUUGAUUUAGGGCUUGUUUACCUGAAGGUGGGGUACCCCUGGUACGCGAGGUAACCCACUUUGGUGGGGGUAACCCACAGUGUUCUCCCAUUUUAAAAGAUUUGAUCGCAAAAAUUUUACUCUUUCUGCAAUGUUCUCUUUCCAAAAUGACUGUGCCCCAUAAAAAAGCUAUAUACUUUGGUGCUUUUCCAUAUAUUCAUUUGUUUCCUUCAAGCAGUUGCAGGUAUUACGAAGUGUUGCUUCACGCGGUAAAUUUUACCAUUUCUCACCUGAUAAGGAGAACACUGAACUCGCCUGUCCAUAUAAUCUCUCAUUUUAGUUUGAUCACAUUUACAUGAUAGGUGGGGUUACCCACCACAUGUUACCUCACCUAUCUGGGGUCCCCUGCCUCCUUGUAAACAGGCCCUUACAGCUGGACUUAAGGACUCGCGUGACUGUAAUGACAAAUACAUUAUACGUUGCAUUCGUACUUCUUGAACAAUUAUUGUUCUCUUUUGUAGACAACUGUAAUGUGCAUAUUGCGUACAGUAAUGGUAAAAACUACCUUAAACUUUCCUUCAGGACAUAAAGCACUUUAAAAAAUUGGCUGUUAAACCGCAACAAAUGCAAUCUAGGUGUACUGCCUACUAGUUCAAUGAAAUUGACAUGUCAGGCAUUUUCAGUUUCUAAAUUUUGAACAAGUGGCCCUUGUUCAUGGUCUGAAAUUAUAAGAGAUUGUUCUGUUUGGGAUUUUAAAAUGUGGCCGUUCACCAUAUUAAUGGGUGACUGCACUAACAAGGUUUUUUAUAACAAAAAUGUAUCGCCUUUUUGCCAGGCCGUAAUGACGAGGUAACAGUAUUACUGAGGUGCCCGUAAGAUGGAGUUCCACUGUAAUAUCAAAUGACCUGUGUAAAAGCUCUAGUUGCCAGCUUAAGAAGUGAUUUGGGCCUCAUCAUCUGCCUUUCAAGGACCCCCAUUCUCAUCUGACUUGCUUUGCUUGCUGCUAAGAUAACUUCUGUCUAAAUAAUGUGGUCUAUUCCUACCAUAGUUAUGUGCUGGGAGCAGGCAGUUUAGCCCUUUGCUGUCCCUUGCACAGUAGGCCCAAUUGGGACUGCGAAAAGGUGUUCCACUAUCCACUCCCACCUCCCCCUUCACUUCCUUGCAACCUUACCACAAGGCAGCCAUGUUUGUUGAAAAAUCAGUACAAUUUUUCUGUGCACCACUUGCAUAAGAAAGAGUUUAGUUUGCAUCGAAGAGAAACCCUUUUGUUCUUGUCAACCAGUGUGGCCACUGUCACAUCACCUGCAAACCAGCAAUUCAAGAAAACAUUAAAAUUCUUCAUGGUAUCACCAUCCCAUGUUUGCUAAUGUUAAAACUUCCAAAAACUUUUUCCUUUGUUUCCACAGGCGUGAGGCCCAUUUGUGUAUCUUGGCUAACAACUGUGACGAAACCCAGUAUGUUAAACUUGUGGAAGCUCUUUGUGCUGAACACAACAUCCACCUUCUUAAGGUAAGAUAACUGCGGCAUUUUUUAUAGUGCAAUGACUUACCCCGGCUAUUUAACAUAACUGGCUUAUCUCAGGUCAUGUUGACAUCUAACUUGGUAGUUCAUUGGCAAACAGGAACGUUUCUUGAAAUUUCAAAGUGUUAAGUUCACUGCACUGUAAUUAUGCUCAAGAAACACUGUCAUAAGAAUUCUGUGCCAUUGUUAACAUGUUCAAAAUUUUUAUUUGCAAUCAAUAGCAGUCCCAUUGAAUAUAUUUGAGUGAAAUUUUCAGCAAAAUUCUCAGUGAUAUGUCCAUGAUUUCUGAGCAAGCUUUUUAUCAGCAAAGCUGUUUAUUCAUCACUGGCCUUUGCCACAAACAUUCUUACCCUUGUCAUAUUUUAUUUUUUGUAGGUUGAUGAUAACAAGAAACUUGGUGAAUGGGCUGGUCUCUGCAAGAUAGAUAAAGAAGGAAAGGCCAGGAAGGUUGUCAGCUGCAGCUGUGUUGCUGUCAAGGUGAGAAAACACUCACGUCCCUCUAUUUCAAGGGAACAAUUGGGAAGUUUAAUUAACUAAAAAUGCACGGUGAAAGCAGCAACAUAGAAAUAAAAACAGCAGCAUUCAUGACCAACAGCUCUGCGCAUACACAUCACACUUUUUUUGCGUAUUUCUUUCCUGUCUUGCGUACAAUAAUACUGUGCACAAUAGUAAUUGUUGCAGUAAAAUUUCCCAUUGCAAUGUUUUAUGAAGGUGGUAUACAUAACAUAAAUAAAUUUUUGUUUCCCUUUGAACUUGGUUGCAGUUCCUAACAAAUUAUUUAACUUUCACCCAUUACUUCCCUUCUUUUGUCAAAGAAUUUAGUAGGAACGACUGCAGUGAAGUUCAAAGGAAAGCAUCUUCAUUUUAUAAGAGUUACUUGGACUGCCUAUCACAAUUCCUAGCUCUAAUUAGCACUAGUCAGUUCUCAUAGCCAAUAGAAGCAGGUUGUAAUCUUUGCUUGAAUUUUUUAACACUCAGUUGACGUGUUAACUUCACAUUGCAAAGAUAAGCUUGCUGGUGUUGUUCUUUUUUUUUUUUUCAAACCAAAAAAGACUAUUAGUUUUUUUGUCAACAAUGUGCCGUCCUAUGAUGAAAAAAGGACUCCCUCUUCUGAGUUACUCUGAGGAAAUGUCCAAAACCGGAAUCGAUAUAAAGAAUCUGAGGGGGCACAGAAAAUAGCAAUGUUUUGGCUUAUUCAUUCCUGGCAAUGGCUAAGCAAAGUAAAAUAAUGUGGCUAUAUAGUGUAGCAACAGCACUCAUAAGAACGGCUUUCAAGCCUUCAUUUUAAAGUGUCUGGUCAAGAUGUCCUCCACUGAGUUAGCUUCAAGAAAUGCCCUGUACAACAUUCUUGCCAAAGUUUAUAAUGGUUUGAAAAAGGCAUUCUCAAAAACAGUUUACUUCUAAAGUUACCUACCUUCCCAACAACCAGGUUAGAGGUCUGGGAUGCAGUAUAGUUGAGUGGUCAUUGCAUCAGUGUUAUAAAGAGAAGAGAGUUUUUACAUGUAGCUUUUGAAUUUGCCAGUCUGACAGGGUUUUAAAUCCCAUUCAGUUUGUUCUAAUUAUUUCUUUGAUAUUUUGAGUGGAUUAUCUACAGACUAGCUGGAGCAGCUAAGAUAGUGUGCUUCCACUUCAGACUAAGCAUUGUAAUUUCUUGGCAGGAAUAAACUAAGUCAAGUGGUUGUUAAGUUCUGAUGAUACAUUUUCACUUUUUUCCUUUCAUAAAGGAUUAUGGACGAGAGGGCCAAGCACAUGAUGUCCUAAUGCAGUACUUCAAGACAAACAAGCGUAGCUAA